CCGAACGUAUUUAAUUUAUUCAUGUCGAGAUGCAAUUCGAUAAAAUCUCUAAAUUUCUGCCAUUUCUCGGAAAUACAACAUCGAACAAUACACCUCAGAUCGUGACUGGCCGUUCCUUAUUUUUAUUUUAUUCGACGUUUGGCGUUCUCCAGUUCACCUCGCAUUUUACAAACAAUGUUCUUUCGGAGCGAAAAGCUCUCCUCCAGAAGUUCUUCAUUAUGCAACGGGUCGUAGAUCCACGUUGAAUGAGUUCAGUGAUGGGUGAAUCAUAGAGGAAAUACUUGUGUGAUCUAGAGUUCUUCUUCCUGACACAAAUUAUCGGGAAGAUGCAAAACGUGGUGAUUUAUUGGUUUUAUCUUCUGGUGGUGACUUCUGGUAAGCUUUUGGUCGAUGCUUCCUUCGAAACUUCAGAUGAAGAAAUAAGCCAUGACGUACCUGUAAAAGUGACUGAAGAUGGAUCUUUCCUCACAACCAAUCUAACAAGUGAGAAACAUGAGGAGUUGGUACAUUACAGGGUCACCCUUGAUGAUCGCUAUCACUUGUUAGAAAUGAAAAGAAAUUGGAAUUUCAUAAGUCCAUCAAUGAUUGUAGAAAGAAGGAAAUACGAUAAUUUUGAAAGGAAGGCAUUGAACAAAUUGCGACCAGAAUGUUUUUUUCAGGGUAAAGUAAAAGGAAGACAAGAUACAUCUGUAGCUUUGGCAGCUUGUAAUGGAUUGGUAGGAUUGAUCAGAACCGUCCAUGGUAUAUAUUAUAUCGAACCACUUCAUACUUUCGAUGAAAAUUCAAUCGAAAAAGGACAUAAACAUAAGAUCACCAAAAGAUCUACCCAACCCAAAUAUCACAAAAAUAAGAGACGAAAAAAAAGAAGAAGGUUACCCAAGAAUUGCGGUACCCGAGAGAAAAAGAAAAUAACAAGAUUACACUGGGAAACAAAUAAUAGAACACUGACCAAAGGAAAAAUGACAGUCAAGAGAUACAAGGAACUUUUCAACAGGAGUAGAAUGAUUCAUAAAAGGAUACGAAAAUCGAUCAGUAAACCUCAUUAUGUAGAAGUACUCUUAGUAGCAGACACCAGUAUGGUUCUUUUUCACGAGGAAUGGGAUCUAACAACUUACCUCUUAACCAUCAUGAAUAUGGUUUCUUCCUUAUAUAUGGACCCUACCAUUGGCAACAUGAUUCACAUAGUGGUGGUAAAAAUCAUCCUCAUAGAAGAUCCUUUAGCCGAGCCAGAUCUAAAAAUCGUGCCAAACAGUGAUAAGACCCUGAAGAGCUUUUGCCAGUGGCAGAAAAAAAUCAACCCUGAAAACGAUUCUCACCCCCACCACCAUGAUGUUGCAGUUCUUGUGACCAGAAAGGACAUGUGUUCUUCAUCGAACAGUGGGUGCAAUACUUUGGGUGUUGCUCAAGUUGGCAGUAUAUGCAGUAGAGAGGACAACUGCAAUGUUAACGAGGAUAAUGGCAUCAUAUUGGCACACACGAUCGCACACGAGAUCGGUCAUAAUUUGGGUAUGUAUCAUGAUAGUGAAAGAAUAGGAUGCAGAGCUAGAGAAGAUGUACAACACAUCAUGACACCAAGUUUUCAAGCAGAAAUGGUUGGGACAGCUUGGUCAUAUUGCAGUCGGAGAGAUUUGACGAACUUUCUUGAUAGAGGUAGAGGUCACUGCCUUCACGACAAACCAGAAGAAGUUGUUGAACUUGGACAUCCGGAGCUACCUCCUGGUGCUUUGUAUGAUGCAAAUUACCAGUGUAGACUCCAAUUCUCAGUAGAAGCAACUGCGUGUUCUCCAAAAGAUGAGAUAUGUUCUCGUUUGUGGUGUCAGGUGAACAAUACUUGUACCACAAAGCUUCUACCAGCUGCUCCAGGAACAAGUUGUGGUAAGCACAAGUGGUGCCAAAACCAAAAAUGCGUCGAUAUAAUGGAUCCUCCAGCACCUGUGGAUGGAGGUUGGGGAGAAUGGGGAGCUUGGAGCGAGUGUUCUAGAACUUGCGGAGCAGGUGUUUCGAUAUCCGAAAGAAAAUGCGACCACCCUGUUCCUUCUGAUGGUGGAGAUUUCUGCUUGGGGUUGCGCAGAAGAUACAAAAUGUGCAAUACCGAACCCUGUUCAAAACGUGCUCCCUCCUUCAGAUCAACCCAGUGCUCGUUUUUCAAUAACCACACAUAUGAGGGGAAGAAAUAUGAUUGGCUUCCUUAUUUUGAAAUGACUGAACCGUGCAAACUCAACUGCAUAGAUACGAAUAAUACAGUUAUAAUGCCUCUUGGAGAUUAUGCACAAGAUGGUACUCCAUGCAAAAUAGGCACAAGGGACACUUGUAUAAGUGGAGUUUGUCAGAAGGUGGGAUGUGAUUGGGUUGUCGGAUCCAAUGCAACAGAAGACGAAUGUGGAAUCUGCGAAGGAGAUAAUUCUAAAUGCAAUAUUUUCAAAGGAACGUACACUAAACAGCGAGCUUCUUCAGGAUAUAGAGAAGUAGUGGUUAUUCCUGCUGGAGCAACAAACAUAAAAAUCAUGGAGACGAAUUAUUCCGACAAUUUUAUAAGUGUGGGUAGUGCCCUACAUAAGAGGUUUUACCUCAAUGGGAAAAAUCACAUAUCUUUACCUGGAGAAUAUACAAUUGCAGGAAGUGUAUCAUUAUAUGAAAAAACACCAGCAGAAAAGAUAACUAUACCUGGCCCUAUUGAAGAAAUGAUAGUUGUUCUAGCAGUCUUCGUAGGAAAAGCAUACAACCCAGGCAUCUACUACCAGUAUUCACUUUUCAAACCAGAAUUAAUUAGGGAUGUUCAAUAUAAUUGGUCAUACACAGAAUGGUCUCAAUGUUCUGUAACAUGUGGAGGAGGUAUUCAAGAAAAAGAACCUAUGUGUAAGGAAUACAUCGCUUCCUCUGAUCAAUAUGUAUUAGACGGUAUAGCCACACCAGUCGAUGAAUUCUACUGUGAACCAAAUGAAAAGCCAAAAAAAUUGACAAGAACAUGUAAUGAUUGGCUGUGUCAGACACACUGGUGGGUUGGACCUUGGCAAUCGUGUCCAGUUACUUGCAUAGAUAAAAAACAACCAACCCGUAAGAGGAGUGUAAUGUGUGUGGAUGGGCAAGAUGUGGCACUUCCGGAUAAUUUUUGUGACAGGAAAAUAAAACCUUUGGAAUAUGGACCUUGUGAAACCAUUUCAGUUUGUGAUUGAAAUUGUUAAAAUGAUAAAAUAGUAACUUUUUGAUCAUUUAUUGUAUGAUUUGAUACUUUUAUUACAAAUAUUAAUAAUCUAAGUAAACUAAAUUUGGUUCAAUAUAUAUGUUGAAUGAAAAAUGAUUUAGUCAAAUACAAUAUGCUACUCAUAAAUUAUUAGUUUAAAAAACAAAUUGCAAUUUUGUGAAGCAAAAAAAUCUUUGCUCUUUAUAAAACUUCUGUCGAAAAUCAACACAUUU